AUGGCUGCCGUGAAGUAUCUCACGAACAACGACAAGUGGCGCAUCCCCGUUGUGAUACCGCCCAGGAUCAUCACUGGCACAGAAAACGACACACUCGAAGCUGGCUCGGAGUGUGACAGCAGCGACAACGACAAGUGUUUUGCCGCAAAGAUUCGGUAA